CCCUCUCUCUCUCCCCCCCCCAACCACCACGCUCUCUCUAGAACAUUCAAUAUCCACUCCUCUGUUCACUAAAAACACAAUCAAAAUCACCAACUCUUGUCUCUAUUCUUCCCCUCACCCUCUCUCUCUCUCCAUCUCUUGCCCAAUCCAAGCGAAACAAAGACGACUAGAGAAGAGAAGCAUGAAAGGCGAAUACGUAGAACCUCAUCAACACAAAAGCAGCCAAGGCAUGUUCUCCAAGCUGAACCCUUUCUCCCACCACUUCCAGCUCUCAGAAGACGAAGACAACCGAAGCAACACCACUCCCACCACCUCGGCCCAACCCCACAAGCCCAACCCCAAAGACCCCGGUAGUAACGAUGGGGCUACCAUUGAGGUCGUUCGCCGCCCCAGAGGAAGACCUCCCGGCUCCAAAAACAAGCCCAAGCCACCUGUUAUUAUAACUCGGGACCCUGAACCUGCCAUGACUCCCUUUCUUCUAGAAGUUCCUGGUGCAAACGACGUCGUCGAUGCUUUAUCCCGAUUCUCUCUACGUAGAAAUCUCGGGCUCUGUGUUCUCACUGGAUCGGGUACCGUUGCUAACGUCACUCUGCGUCAGCCGUCCGCGACUCCCGGAGCUACCAUAACGUUCCAUGGUCGAUUCGACAUACUCUCCAUCAAUGCUACGUUUCUUCCCCAAACGACUUUGCAUCCAUCUCCGAAUAUCUUCACGAUUUCGCUUGCGGGCCCGCAGGGGCAAAUCGUGGGAGGAGCGGUUGCGGGCGGGUUGAUGGCUGCGGGUCCGGUAUUUCUAAUUGCGUCUUCUUUUAACAAUCCGAGUUACCAUAGGUUACCGCCUAAGGAAGAGGCGGGGAACUCGGUUUCUGGCGGCGGAGGUGGAGGAGAUGGACAUUCUCCGCCGGUUUCCAGUGGUGGUGGAGUGAGCGGGACCCCCGGAGAUCAGUCGUGCGGGAUGUCUGUGUAUAGCUGUAACUUGGGCACUGACGUAAUUUGGGCUCCCACAGCGAGGCCACCGCCUCCACCACCGCCUUAUUGAGGGGUUUGAAUGACAGAGUGAGUGGUGUGUACAGGACGAAGAAGACCAACGUGGAUGUUUGUACUUUUUACAUGAAAUCGUUUGAUUCAGUGUUUGAUUCAGUGUGUGAAUGGGGUUUCUUUUGUGGGUAUUUGGGUUGCUUUGCUUUGAAGUUCGAGACUGAACCCAUAUCUGCUUUUAUGGCUGCUGCUACUGCUACUGCUAAACUGAGCAGUCCCGUCAGGCAAAAACAACUGUGCAUAUAGAGAUUAGGGUUGUGGGUUGACAGCUAGCUCCUUUUCAGUGUGUUGUGUGUAUCCAGACUGACUAGAGAGAGAAGUUGAGUGUGAGAGAGACUUUAUCUAUUAAGGCUUGAAAACACAAUCUAUAAGGCUUUAUUUGGUGUUUUGUUUGAGA